AUGGUUAAAAUUCUCUUCUUUUUAUUCUCAAUUUUAGAAGGGGGUUAAGAUAAUGAAAGACAUGUCCAAGAAGAUCUUUUGAAAAAGAGAAUUAAGCAGAGGUGUCUAAUAACCCUAGACAUUAAAAUAAAUCUUUAACUUAAUUGGUAUCAUUAACAUAGAUUGGUGGAAAUAGAAGUAAUAAAUUAAUAUUAUAUAUAUAAGAAAUGAAUUAAAGAGUAUAGAAUUUAAAAAUAAUAAUUCUACAUCUAUAUUUCAUCACGUCCAUUAGUAUUUUGUAAACCAGAACAUAAAUUAAAAACCUAAACACCUUCUUCUCCAUAAAAAUAAUCACCUAUAAAACCUAAAUAAGUAGAAACACAAUCAAAUGAAUUAUGUAAAUUAAUAAACAAUUAUUCAGAACCUAUUUUAGAUUAUUAUAUAGAAUUAAAUGCUUAUAAUUAAUAAAAAUAGAAUUUAACACCAAAAAAUUGUUUGCUAAUCACACAGUCAGUGCAAAUCUUAGAGCAAAGAUGGUUGAAGUUCUUACCUCAGAUAAAUGCAAAGAUUAAUUAUUCUUUAUUGCUGUUAAUACCUAUCUAUCUAAAACAUAAUAAAAAUAUAUACCUUAAGAUUUACAUUUAAUUGGUUUGA